CUGGAGCGGCAGGGCGGUGCGGUGAGGUGAUGGAGGUGCGUCAAGCGUCAAACCAGCUGGAGCGCAACAAGCGAGACAGGAAUUUUAUGAGAAGGUGGCCAGAGUGAUGAACUCGGACCAGGAAAGGCCGUACGUGUGCAACGCUCCUGGCUGUUCUCAGCGAUUCCCCACUGAGGACCAUCUGAUGAUACACCGACACAAACAUGAGAUGACCCUAAAGUUCCCCUCCAUAAAGAACGACAACAUGUUAUCAGACCAGACGCCUACACCAACACGCUUCCUGAAGAACUGUGAGGAGGUCGGAUUGUUCAGUGAACUGGACUGCUCCAUUGAGCAGGAGUUUUGCAAGGCCCAGGAGGAAGAGGACAGUAAACAGAACAUCUCACUACACGGCCAGGCAGGCCAAGGCCAGCACCAGCAUUCCCACUCACGGAUGGGCAACCAUGAUACCAGCAUAGUGAUCCAACAAGCCCUGCCCUCCCCUCAGUCCAGCUCCGUCAUCACUCAGGCUCCAUCCACCAACAGACAGAUAGGGCCUGUCCCCGGCUCUCUGUCCUCGUUGCUGCACCUACGAAACAGACAGAGACAGCCUCUGCCUGCCUCCAUGCCUGGAACUCUGCCAGACCCCACCAUGCCCGGCUCGUCCGCCGUGCUGAUGCCUAUGGAGAGACAGAUGUCCAUGGGCUCCAAUAUGAUGGGUAUGCAGGGACCCACCCACAGCAGCUCCGGUUCUUCUGCACACAUUCCCUCCAUGCACUCAGAAGCCAAACUGAGGCUGAAGGCUGCACUUUCACACCAUCCGGGCACCAUCGCCAACGGCAACAUGAGCUCCAUGGGCCACUCCAUGAGCCACAUGAUGGAGAUGAUGACAUCACGGGAGGAGCAGGAUACACACCAUCACAUGCACUCACACCCGCACCAUCACCUGCACUCAUACCAGCACCACGGCGGCCAUCACCACCACAGCCAGGCACACGGCCAGGGCGGACAUCAUCACCCGCAGGGACACAACCCCCAUCACAACUCCCACAAUCCCCACCUCCAUCCUGGGCAUCCACACCAGACCUCACCCCACCCGUCAAUGCACUCUUCUUCACAUAUGUCACCUGCAACCCAGCAGAUGCAGCCAACGCAGACCAUGCAGUCACCGCCCCCGAGUGGUGGGCGCCGCAGGCGAGUCGUGGAUGAGGACCCAGACGAACGGCGGCGAAAGUUCCUGGAGCGGAACAGAGCUGCGGCAACGAGAUGCAGACAGAAGAGAAAAGUUUGGGUGAUGUCGUUAGAGAAGAAAGCAGAGGAGCUCACUCAGACCAACAUGCAGCUUCAGAAUGAAGUGACGAUGCUAAAGAGCGAGGUGACCCAACUUAAGCAGCUUCUCCUCACACAUAAGGACUGUCCCAUCACCACUAUGCAGAAAGACUCCCAGGGUUACCUCAGUCCAGAGAGCAGUCCGGCAGGCAGUCCAGCUCCAGCGUGCUCCCAGCAGCAGGUCAUUCAGCACAACACCAUCACCACCUCCACCACAACUGUAGGGGGCAGCAGUGUGCAUGGGCAGGCUAACCACCGCACAGACAUUAACCCCAUCCACUAGGAACAAGAGAGACUGUAACACCCCAGCUGUAGCCCCAAACAACCCCUGAUCCCUCUCUCACUCCAUCAAGUAAAACCUCAAAGGCCUGUGUUGCUGCUCUUUGUACAGUAGCUACAUAAUGUAUUUUUAUAGACCAACCCUAUUAACGCAUAAGUGUUCUAUGGUUUGUUGCCUUUUUUUGUUUGUCUUUAUUUGUGCUCCUCGAGACAAGAGGAGUUUUGCUGAUGUCAUGCAGCGUGUAAGUGACUUUUUCUGUUGUUUAAAGGUACAAAAUGAAACCAGAAGAAAGAGUCAUAACUCUUGGACUGUCAUCUCUUUAAGCAAACCCUUACAUCUCUUUAUGCCUGAUGGACUGAAUCAAAUCAUUCCCUGAGUAUCACAUGUGGAAAGUGUGUGAGUGUGUACAACAGACUUUGAAUAAGUGCGUUGAAUUUACUGCCUUUAAUUUGUUGUCUAAAACCAGGUGGAAGUGUCGCCAUAUCUUGAAGACAGGAAUAUGUCUUGAAGACAGGAAUAUGCAAGCAGAUGUAAAGAUCCUCUACUUCCCUAGAAAUGACUGUUAAACGUUUUUCCCUGUCAGCAGUAUUACUAAAGAGUGUUAAAUACAGCAAGACAGUGAAAACAUGAUCACAUGGAAGCAAUACAUCACAUAAUAGAUUAUCUUCAAUACAGCACAGUAUUGAACAUCUUCUCUACUGUAUGUCCCUAUUGUGAUCAGCAUGGCCAAGCCACUCUGGUCCAGAGGACAUGAGAUGCUGUUACAGCUAAGCGUACACUGUGACACCAGUGAGGCAGCUUGAGGGUUUGAAGCAAACACCUCCGCUCUCCAGGACCAACUAAAGUUUUAAUUAUUGAGGCCUCCUUUUUAUGUAUUUGUGCAUCUGCAUCCACGUCUUGGAUUUAAAUCCCAAAUGAAUAUAACCUUCAGUUAUGUAUGUCAGAAUAGUUUUGAGUGUGUAUGGGAACUAUGCAUAUUGUGUGUUUGAUUUUGUUUUGUCUUCUUCACUCUGCAGAACUAGUUUAGCAGUUGUUUAGAGACAGAAAAACAAAGAAAAUGAUUGAGAGAGUGAUGGUGCGCAUGUCUUUUUUUUUUUUUUUUAACUGAUAUCCCACAACUGGCAAAGUGUUCAAAGUUUUCCAAAGAAGAGCAGUUUCUAUGUGUGCUUUUCCAAAGCGUAACAAUGUGCCUGAAUCUUUCUUAAUAUCUUUUGUUGGCCACUUUUUUUUUUCUUUAACCAAUCAACAGUCACAUUCUCAGAGUAUUACUGAUGACUUUUCUCUUGUUAUUUGCCUUGUCUGCUGAAUGUAGGGGCCAAACAAGCUGACAAGGAGAAAAAUACAAAUUUUCCAUUUGGCCCCUGACCUCUCCAUCAAUCCCUCUCUUGCCCUCUUGCAGUUCAUAAUGGCAGUGGAUGCUCUGAUAGAAGUCAUGGCUCCAUUUUAUUUUUUUGUAAUCUUCUUUGCAUCCAUCAAAAGCCUCUUACCUCCUCACCUGAACCAAAAUUCCUCUUUCUCUCUUUUUUCCCCCCAUUGACCAGGAAUGUUGAUUCAUGACUCAUUAGCAUGAUGACCACAAUGCACUGUGUUUUACAGUAGGAUGAAUAAGAUACAUUCCACUGACGGUGGAGCAAUCGCAGAGCUGUCUAUGCACUUUGUCCUCUGCCUACCAGAGGGAAGAAUAGCCAUAUUGAAGUCCAAGUAAUUCUCAGUGAUCUUCCCUUUUUCAAACACCAGCGAAAAACUUAAACUGUGUUUGGCUUUAUAAAAUAAGUCUGUGCCUGGCAUGCAUCCCAUUUCUAUAGAUAGAAGAGACCCUUGUGCUUGUUUUGUACGAUAAGGAUCCUGAACCAUUGACUUUGUGCCCCCAUAUUAUUCUGGAGAUGUUUUUUAAGCUGAAGGACGCUCACAUGUGAUUUUAAAAUCUCAUCUCUUCCUAAUGGGUUGCAUUCACCUUUUUUCGCACUGUUUGUCAUUUCUUAACCUCAAGAGUCCGCGUGUGCAGUUUAUAACGUGUGUGGUUGAGACUGAGAAAUUGAAUUAUCUCAAAAAGGGCUUUGUUGUUCCAACCCUUUAACCUAAAGCUAGCCUCAAGUCGGCUCAUUUUUCAAAACAUGUUAAGAUUGUAAAACCAUUCCAAAUUAACCUAAUGCAUGUGAAAAUGUCAACUGGAAUCAUUUGGAGGAUGCUGAUUUCUUUAAGAGUAACAUAUUCAUUACUUAAGUUGAAUAUAGCUUCAGAAAAAGACUUUUUUUUUGUAUUGCAGAUAUUUGAAAACAGGGACGGGUGGAAGUGCAGUGCGAGUGUGUCUGUGUAGAUUUGUGAGAGGUGGAGAGAAGCUCCUACACAUUAAUGAUGUUAUAACUAUUAUUUUAAAUCUAAAAAAAAACUAUAAAUAGUGUACAUAAUGUCAUUCAUUUGUGUAACCGUGUACAUGUAAUGCAACCACCUUUCUUUUUGAAGGGAGUCAAUGUGUGGUACAUGUUUGUAAAUAAUGUCUGCAUAGCACUUGUUGCCUUUUGUUGUACGUCAAGGCUCAUUUCAGCGCUUAAAACACAUUGUUUAUGUAACAAACGAUGGAAAACCAUUUUUGCCUGCAUAACUUUGUACAUUUUUGUGUGUGUCUGUAACGGCAUUAUCUCCAUUUUGUUUAGUUCUGAAUUUGUACAGAUGUUAAAGUAUCACUGCAGUUACAUUACGGUAUGAAAAUAAAGCACUUGUUCUGUAA